AUGCCCAUCGCUCGCGAGGUGGACAACACGGCCCUCAGCCAGAACCUUACCUCUCGCGCUCCUGCUUUCCGUUUCAACUACGGCGGACCAAGUCAAGGAGCAGAUCUGAUUCGAGGUGUCUCCUUGGGCGGCUGGCUCGUUUUGGAACCUUUCAUCACCCCUUCUCUAUUCGACAGCACCGGCCCUUCCAACAACGGUAUCAUUGACGAAUGGACACUGUGGUCGCGUCUAGGCAAGUCGGCCGGCGCCAGAUUACUCCAACCUCAUCUCAACUCUUUCUACACUCGACAAGACUUGGUGGACAUCAAGAAUGCGGGAUUCAAUUGGAUCAGAAUUCCCAUUGGGUUCUGGGCUUUCGAUGUGCAGGGUGCAGAGCCUUACCUCCAGCUGAACCAGUACGACUUGCUGAAGCAAGCGGCGGGCUGGGCAGCCGACAUUGGCCUCAAGGUCAUGGUCGACGUUCACGGUCUGCCCGGAAGCCAGAACGGCUUCAACCACAGUGGCCGCCAAGGCAAAGCGCGCUGGUCGAACGGCACCAAGAAUGUAGAGCGCUCCCUGGCCAUCAUCUCGACUUUGUCGAACGAGUUCAGCAAGGACCGGUACGCUUCCAGCGUCGUCUCCAUCGAGCUCGUCAACGAGCCAGUCAAUGUGGAUGACGGUGUUCUCAAAAAGUAUUAUCGGGAUGGAUACAAGAUCGUUCGGGACAAGGGCAACCUCGUCGUCACGCUCGGUGAUGGUUUCAAAGGCGGAGACUACUGGAACGGUUUCCUCUCUUCAUCCGACAAUGGGGCGUCGGGAGUCUCGCUGGAUCUUCACAUUUACACCGUCUUCGACAACACUUCCAUCCGGCGAAAAGCGCAAGCUAGGCAAGACUACUACUGCUCCCUCGGAUCCAAGUAUGAGCAGCUGAACAAGGACAAGUGGCUAGUCGUCGGAGAGUUUUCGCCCGCUUUCACAGAUUGCGCAAAGUACCUCAACGGAAGAGGUGUGGGGUCGAGGUACGACGGCAGCUAUCCCAAUUCCUCCAAGUAUGGCGAUUGCGGACCCAAGCGAGGUCCCGCUUCCGGCUUCUCGGCUGGCUACAAGGCUCUGCUCGCUCGCUUCUGGCAAACGCAGGUGGAUGCGUACAGCAGAGGUUCGGGAUACAUGGCUUGGACUUGGAAGACGGAGGACGGCACGGCCGAAGAGUGGAGCGUCAAAAAGGGCAUUCAGUACGGCUGGGUGAGUUUUGAGCGUGCGCUUAUGGGCCGCGGGCCCCCGUCCUUGUGCCCUGAGACGAGGACAUGA